CCGUGCCGUGGUCGUGCCUGCCCUUCACAUCCGUCCACAUCCCGUAAGGCUCGACUCCCAAACGCACCACAGCGAUGGCUCUGCUCAAAUCCAACAAGAUACUCUACUCUUUGGGGAACAUUUCCCCGUCCCUGGGAGUUCUGUCCACCCGCCAAAGCUCAUGGUGGGGUGGUGUGCAGAUGGGUCCCCCUGAUCCCAUCCUGGGGGUGACUGAGGCCUUCAAGAAGGACACCAACCCCAAGAAGAUGAACCUGGGUGUGGGAGCCUACAGGGAUGACCAGGGAAAGCCAUUUGUGCUCAGCUGUGUCCGCAAGGCAGAGGCUCUGAUUGCAGCCAAACAGCUGGAUAAGGAGUACCUUCCCAUUGGUGGUUUGGGAGAAUUUUCCAAAGCCUGUGCCCAGCUGGCUCUUGGUUCUGAUAAUGAGGUUCUGAAGACUGGCAGGAGCAUCACUGUCCAGACCAUCUCAGGAACUGGAUCUCUGCGCAUUGGCGCUAACUUUUUGUCUCGUUUCCAUGGAGGUCCCCGCGACGUAUAUCUGCCCAAACCGUCCUGGGGAAACCACACACCCAUCUUCAGAGAUGCUGGCAUGCAGCUGAAAGCAUACCGAUACUACGACCCGUCCACUUGUGGCUUUGACUUCAAAGGGGCUCUCGAGGACAUCUCUAAAAUCCCAGAGCAGAGUGUGAUCCUGUUGCAUGCUUGUGCCCACAACCCCACCGGUGUCGACCCCAAGCCUGAGCAGUGGAAGGAGAUUGCUGAACUUGUAAAAAAUAGGAACCUGCUGGUGUUCUUCGACAUGGCUUAUCAGGGCUUUGCCAGUGGAGACAUUGACCGUGACGCCUGGGCUGUUCGCCACUUCAUUGAACAGGGUCACAAUAUUGUGCUGUCCCAGUCAUUCGCCAAGAACAUGGGUCUCUAUGGUGAACGUGUGGGAGGCUUCACUGUGGUGUGUAAGGAUGCUGAUGAGGCAAAGAGAGUGGAGUCUCAGCUUAAGAUUCUCAUUAGGCCAAUUUAUUCCAACCCACCAAUGAACGGUGCCAGAAUUGCAACAACUAUCCUCAACACACCAGAGCUGCGCGCACUGUGGUUGGAGGAGGUCCAUGGAAUGGCCAACCGUAUCAUCAAGAUGAGAGAACAGCUGGUGGAUGGUCUGAAGAAGGAGGGCUCCACCCACAACUGGCAGCAUGUCAUCGACCAGAUCGGGAUGUUUUGCUUCACAGGCCUCAAACCUGAACAGGUUGAACGCCUGACCAAGGAGUUCUCUGUGUACAUGACCAAGGAUGGCAGAAUUUCCAUGGCUGGCGUGUCCUCUGGGAACGUGGCAUACCUGGCACAUGGGAUCCACGCCGUCACCAAGUAGAGUGGAUCCUUCCAGCAGAGCUACAGAAUCACUGCAGCAGUGUUGAAGAGGAGCUUCAUGUGUCAUCUGUUCCGUCUCCUCUUUUCCACCUUAGACACGAGCUCAGUAUUUAGUUACAUUUUCUUGAUUGGAUUUCAUCUUAAUUUCAACUUUGUCCCAGUUGGAACGGUUGCUGCUUUAAAGUUUUAGUUUCCAGUCACCUUUUACUUUACGGUUCACUGAGAAAGACCCCUGUAAAGCUAUGAAAGGCAUGAUUGUCCAGUUUUCUGACUGAGCUGAUGUCUCCUCUUUGCUUAUUUAUUUUUUUGUAAACAUCUGUUGGCUGUGCUUUAGCAUUCACCCUAAAAAUGCACAUUUAUCUUCAGUGGGCCCACUCGCUAUAAAUCACUAAUAAUUGACAAUGGGUCAGUUAUUAAUGAUGAUGAUAGAUGGGGGUGAUGAUAGACUCAGUUGAGAUCUGUGAUGCUAUGUGAAAGCCUGUAGAAAAUGUGAGUUUUUUUUUUUUUUUCUUAAAUUUAGUGGUGAAGUUCUAGCACUUUAUAAGUGGUAAAGCACUGUAUUUCUCAAGAUUAAGUUGACCUUUUUGGCUUUACUUUAUUCAUAGGUGUUGGUCAAUCAGGCGGGUUUAUCUGGUAACAUCUGGCUUAUCUCUUGUCGUUCAUCAGAACUUAUCAAAUUUCAGUAAUGUAAUCACCGGAAAUCUCUUUGAAAUCUUGCCCUUUCAUUCAAUACUUUAACAGUAUGAAUUAUUUUGGGGGUGUUGGUUACAUGGCAGCAGUUUCACAGUCCUUAAUAACUUUCAUUUCAACAAGCACACAGACCAAAAGAGUUAAACUUGGUUAAGAAAAGCGAUAAAUAAAUGACAUGAAUUCCAGCACAGAAAAAUGUUUUUAUACUUUACUCAUGCCCCAAAUUGAUUGCCCUGUUUUAAUUUUUCAUAUGGAGGGUUUGUGUUUGCUCAUAUCAAUACAAACGUCUGUGUGGCUGAACAUGUGGGGUACCUGCGUGGGAUGAGGACAGUUCAUGAAAUAAACACUCGCUGUUCAGUCAUUCUAACAUCAUGGUUCAAUGUAUGAAACUGUACAUCAUGAGGACUAUAACGUACAGAUGGCAUUUGGGAAUGUGGUGUUUCCUUCAAAUCUGUUCAUUUCUAAAACUUGGCACUUUGCCUCAAUGUUUUACAUUCUGUCAUAAAACAGUGGAUCAUUGGUCGUGUACCUUAUUGAACAAAAAAUAAAUCCUAGAGAAAUGA